CGAAAAAGAAGUUUACAGAACUACCUUUAGGCAGGGCAUCAGACAUGUAGUUUUUUUCCAAGUUAGUAAAAGUUUUGGAUGUUUGCUGAACGUUGGAAGGGAGGACCUAUAGCCGACGUUGCUAACAUGUUAGCCAGGGCAGCCCUAAGCAAAGGCAUCACUGCCCAGCGCCUCUGUAAGAAUGUCACCUUGUACCUGAACGAGCUAACAUUUCCAGGGGAAGGGGUCCAGCGUCAAACCCCUGGCGACCAAAAGCCCCUCCUGCUGAUGCUGCCGUGGUUUGGAUCACGACCACAAGCUGUGGCCAAAUACUGUGAAAUCUACUUUCGCACUGGAUUUGAUGUGCUUGUGGUGGAGAGUGAGGUGAAAGACUUCCUGUGGCCUCGCUGGGGUCUAGACCGUGGAAAAACUUUGCUGGAGUUGCUCCAGAGCGAACCCUUGAUGUCCCGCCCCCUCCUCGUUCAUGCCUUCUCCAUUGGUGGCUACACAUUCGGACAGCUGCUGGUCCAUAUCUCCCGGGACAAAGAGCGAUACCAGGCAGUGACAAACAGGAUCAAAGGCCAAGUCUUUGACAGCUUAGUGGUGGGCUCACUGGAGCAUAUGGCAGCAGGUCUUGGUAAAACUAUAUUUCCUCGUUUUGAGAGCCUGAUAAAACAAGCCAGCAUGCUCUACUUCAGCAUCUUCAAACGCCAGACGGUGGACUACUUCAAUACAAGCAUCGAUGUAUUUUAUAAUACUCCAGUCAAAGCCCCAGCUCUGGUCUUCUUCUGUGACAACGACGUGAUGAGUGAUGCGACAAGUGUGGAGAAACUGAUGGAUUACUGGCAGAAGCAAGGAAUGGAUGUAACGGCGAAGAAGUGGGAGGUUUCAACACACGCUGGUCAUUUACGGAGACACCCGCAAGAAUAUCUGAGCACCUUGGAUACAUUCCUACAUUCACUUCGGGUCGCACCGCUGAAGGCCAAGAUGUGACGCCAUUUUAUCACUGCUCAGUAAUUAAAGUACCUCCGUUUGUUUUCCUUUUUUCAUAUGGUAGGAGACAUAACCUGUUGUUUUUAAGCAAUUUAAUUUACGUACUGAUUAUUUUAUCAAUUAAUUUGAAUGACACCACAGAUGCAUUGAAAAUCAGUUCAGUUACAAA